GGCGCUCUGCUCGGUUUACAAGCCCUGCGAAGAUGGCGACUUCAGGGAGGAGUGCAUUAUUAUCCUCCACCUCAACUGGACCUAAGAGCACGCUGGAGAACUCCAACCCAGAGGAGGAUGACGGACAGGACUUAUGGUCCACCAUCCUGAGUGAAGUGUCAACCCAUUCAAGGUCUAAGCUACCAUCUGGGAAAAAUGUCCUGGUCAUGGGUGAGGUGGGUUCGGGGAAGACCACCUUGGUUGCAAAGCUACAAGGGGUUGAAGAGUUCAUGAAAGGGCGUGGCCUGGAAUACCUUUACUUCAGUGUCCAUGACGACGACAUUGAUGACCACACUAGGUGUAAUGCCUGGGUGUUAGACGGAGACCUUUACCACAAAGGUCUGCAGGGUGUAGCUGUGCCAGUGGACUCCAUCGGGAACACGUUGCUGCUGAUAACGGUUGACAUGUCGCGGCCGUGGAACGCCCUUGACUCUCUUCAGAAGUGGGCUGCUGUCGCUAGGGAACACAUCGACAAACUCCGGGUCGCCCCGGAAACGCUGCGGGAGCUGGAGCACAGACUUGUAAAACAGUUCCAGGAGUACACAGAGCCGGGCAGUGGGGAGGAUGGCACCCCGCAGAGGAGGAGUGAAGAGGAGGAGAGCGUGCUCCUGCCGUUAGGAGACAACACACUCACACACAACCUGGGAAUACCAAUGGUGGUGGUCUGCACCAAGUGCGACGCCAUCAGCACACUGGAGAAGGAGCACGACUACAGAGACGAACACCUGGACUUCAUCCAGUCUCAUAUCAGACGUUUCUGUCUGCAGUACGGGGCGUCUCUGGUUUACACAUCAGUGAAGGAGAUGAAAAACCUGGACAUCCUGUACAAAUAUCUGGUCCACAGACUCUACGGCUUUCCCUUCCACUGCCCGGCACAAGUGGUGGAAAGAGACGCCGUCUUCAUUCCAUCAGGUUGGGACAAUGAGAAGAAGAUUGCCAUUCUUCACGAGAACUUCCAGACAGUAAAAUCAGAUGACAGCUAUGAGGAAGUAAUAGUCAAACCGCCAGUCAGAAAGAUUGUACAUGAAAAGGAGAUUCAAGCAGAAGAUGACCAAGUGUUUCUGGUAAAACUGCAGUCGCUGCUGGCCAAACAGCCCGCUGUGACAGCAGGGCGACCAGUGGACACCACCAGCAGAGCACCCACUGGCUCCCCAAGGACGAGUAAUCGCUCAGCUGCGGCUAACGUAGCAAACGCCAUGCCACAGUCAGGUCAGACCAGUGAGGGUGUGCUGGCCAAUUUCUUCAACAGUCUACUGACAAAGAAAGCUGGGACAGGGGGUCCUGGGACGCCAGGUGGCGGUAACAACACUCCAGGAACAGUACGCAAGUCAGACAUGAACAUAACACAUGGUUCAAAGCUGGGCCUGAGCGAUGUACAGGCGGAGCUGGACCGCAUAUCCAGCCGGGAGACUGACUCAGACUUGCCCAAUGCCAACGACACCCCUGCCACCGACGGCCAGGACACAUGAAGACCAACGCACCACAUCCUGCUCCCUUCCCCCACCUUCCACCUCCCUUGGUCCACCCUCCCUCCACUCUCACCCUCCACUCCAUCACAAAGAUGCGGGGAGAAAAGAGGCACACGGUUUUCCCCUCCCCAUCAUCUUUCACUUUCUCCUCAAGGAGAAGAACUCACCCUUUCCCCCUACCCCUCGUUCUGCUUCCCCCCCCUCUCUCCUCUCCUCCUGGCUGUUGCUCUGAUUGCGAGUAUUUGUCACUGUUACAUACAAGACUGUCUGUUACAUGAGAGAAAAUGGGUAUGGGGGACCAGUGGGGGGUGUGGAGGUUGGGAUGAGAGGAAGUGAGAGGUGGGUUGAAAAAGAUUGAUUACUGGAAUGAAAGCGAGAGUGUGUUAUCCAUCCAUUUCCUGUGAUGGUGCAGAAGGUGUUUUUACUGUAGGAACUGCUACAUGGUGCAUGUUGAGGAAACUGCACUUAGGGUACUAUAGGGAUGAUUGUGUGAUUGUGUGUUUAAUGUGCGUGGGGCAAGUCACACUUGACCAGAAGAAGAGAUUGAGAACAAAAAAAAAAAAAAAUGCCUGAAACAAAUUUGCAAACAGUCUUGUUUUUUAACAUGAAGGGACAAACAUACCAGUAUUUGCGUGUGUGUGUGUGUGUGUGUGUGUGUGCGCAUGUGAGAGAGAAUGAGGCUGACGGAGAGAAUUAAGGAAGUUACUUUAACCUAGUUGUAUGUCGAGAGAUUUUUGGCUGUUUGCAUUUCAACCAAAAGGCAAAAACAUUACUAUGCUCUUACACUACAAGCUCUUAAAACAGUGCAUACACUAUUAUUACAGCAGCACUGUCUGCUAGACUACACAAACCAAACAUGACAAAAAAAAGGAAGUUCACACUCAAGCGCUAGUCCUGUGUAGAGGGCCCUUAAGGUCCAUCUUGAUGGCACCCAGUUCUACAUUUGGCCAAACAUCCCCCUAUAGACACUGCUCAGACCUGUAGAUAACAGACAGUGCACUGAACGGGGAGGGUUGUAGAGGGUAGGCGGGUGGGUGGGUAGCUGAGCUUUACUUGUACAGAAAGAGGCACUCGUGUUUCAGUUCAGUAGUUACUGCGGGCGGGGUGGUGGGUGGGUAAGGGGGUCAGAACAAGGGAGGGUCACACCAAGAAUGUACAGUCAUUGUCUCGCUGAUUGGUCCUGUUAUUUCAGAGCUCUGUGUUGGCGUUUGUAUAAUCAGAUCUGUUAAUCAGUCAAAUAAAAGGUGUAUUUAUUCGGA